CAAAUUACAGUGAAUAGAACUGGUUAUGAUAGUAUUUCAUGCAAUUUACAGCAUAUAUGGUUAAGUAGAUAACUAACCAUAUAGAUACACAUAGUUAAAAAAAAAAAUCUUGUUUCCUUAGGAGGCAGCACACAUCCUAGUGGUACCACCCCAGUUGGAGGCAGCUCAGGCCACAGGGGAGCCUCCCCCCAUGACCGGCGUGGCCCAUCACCCCAUGAGAGGAGGGGUACCUCUCCUCAUGAUCGCCGGGGCCCGCCUCCACCCUUACCUGUAGAGAAUGGCCUGGGGGAACCAGAGUAUCGCUAUCGGAGCCCUGGGACAGAGCACAGACAACAGUCCCCGAUGCUGCCUCCUGGAGCACAGCCCAGUCCAACAUCUUUGAGACACAGUCCUGCGGGGGGUAACUACCACACGAGCGUGUCGCCACAUGGUGUGGCAUCCCUGAGCCCCUCUGGGGCCCCUCACAGCCACCCUCCCCCAUCUCAUGGCCCCCCACCCCCUCACUCAAUGGCUCCCUCACAUGGGCCGCCAAGCCACAGCUCUCCGCAUGGCCCUCAACAUGGGCCUCCUCCCCAUGGACCUCCCCAUGGCCCCCCUCAUGGACCACCACCUCCCAUGGUAUCAGUAGCGCACAGCUCAGCCCACAGUGUCCCCAUCAGCAGACCAUCUGACCACCGAGGUGAGCUGGUUAGGUUGCAUGGGGGGCAGCCUCCACCUCAGCACCCGGGCCCUGCCCUAGGCCCAGGUGGCUACCCUGUGUACCAGAUGGUGUCGCCUCCAGUGCCCGGCCCUCAUCACUCGCCCGUGCCGCCUCUUAACCAGCCUCAUCCUCCCCCUCAUGCUCAAGUGAUGCGGCGGGACAUGGUUGAAUCUGGUCGCGGAGCGCCCAGCUCAUUGGAGAAGAGAUGACAUAGAGACUCUUGGGCUAGAUCCAGAAGAUAACAACUGGAGAGAAAAGCUUUGAAGGUUGGCUAGCCCCAGGGCCUUGGCACUGAGGCAUAGGGUCAGACCUCUGCUAGUGCGUAUCCCUGUA